CAGAAGAGCAGAGACAAGGAAAGGGGGCGGGGACCGGAGCUCGUCCAAUCAGCUCACAGCAGACUCUUCCAUCCAUCCACAUUAGCAACGCCGCUAGCAACAGGUUGGUGACGUCACGGGUGGCGCGCUGCGCGGGCCCGCGGUGCUGAGUAUGGAGCUGUCCGCGGUGGGUGAGCGGGUGUUCGCGGCGGAGUCUCUGCUCAAGCGGCGGAUUCGGAAGGUGGGUUAUCGGCCUCCGGGUCCGGGCUCCGGGCUAGGCCGCAAUCCCCGGGCUGCCCUCAGCGCUGCAACCCGGCACAGGCAGGGGGCGCUGGGGAGCCGAGAGCGAGACAGGACCCCCCCCCCCCUCCGGUCAUCAGAGAGAGAGGGGCCCCCAGGGGCCAAAUAUAAUAAUACCGAGCACGGGGGCCCCCAGGGGCCAAAUAUUAUAAUAAUACCGAGCACGGGGGCCCCCAGGGGCCAAAUAUAAUAAUACCGAGCACGGGGGCCCCCAGGGGCCAAAUAUAAUAAUAAUACCGAGCACGGGGGCCCCCAGGGGCCAAAUAUAAUAAUAAUACCGAGCACGGGGGCCCCCAGGGGCCAAAUAUAAUAAUAAUACCGAUCACGGGGGCCCCGGACUGGCAUUACACUGGGUAUAGAGAUCCUGUAUUACACAGACUGGCAUUACACUGGGUAUAGAUAUCCUGGUAUUACACAGGCUGGCAUUACACUGGGUAUAGAGAUCCUGGUAUUACACAGGCUGGCAUUACACUGGGUAUAGAGAUCCUGUAUUACACAGGCUGGCAUUACACUGGGUAUAGAGAUCCUGGUAUUACACAGGCUGGCAUUACACUGGGUAUAGAUAUCCUGGUAUUACACAGGCUGGCAUUACACUGGGUAUAGAGAUCCUGGUAUUACACAGGCUGGCAUUACACUGGGUAUAGAGAUCCUGUAUUACACAGGCUGGCAUUACACUGGGUAUAGAGAUCCUGGUAUUACACAGACUGGCAUUACACUGGGUAUAGAGAUCCUGUAUUACACAGACUGGCAUUACACUGGGUAUAGAGAUCCUGGUAUUACACAGGCUGGCAUUACACUGGGUAUAGAGAUCCUGGUAUUACACAGGCUGGCAUUACACUGGGUAUAGAGAUCCUGGUAUUACACAGGCUGGCAUUACACUGGGUAUAGAGAUCCUGUAUUACACAGGCUGGCAUUACACUGGGUAUAGAGAUCCUGUAUUACACAGGCUGGCAUUACACUGGGUAUAGAGAUCCUGGUAUUACACAGACUGGGUAUAGCGAUCCUGUAUUUCACAGACUAGCAUUACACUGGGUAUAGAGAUCCUGGUAUUGCACAGACUGGCAUUACACUGGGUAUAGAGAUCCCGUAUUACAUAGACUGGCAUUACACUGGGUAUAAAGAUCCUGUCUUACACAGACUGGCAUUACACUGGGUAUAGAGAUCCGGUAUUACACAGACUGGCAUUACACUGGGUAUAGAGAUCCCAUAUUACACUGGGUAUAGAGAACCUGUAUUACACAGGCUGACAUUACACUGGUUAUAGAGAUCCCGGUAUUACAGACUGGCAUUACACUGGGUAUAGAGAUCCUGGUAUUACACAGACUGGCAUUACACUGGGUAUAAAGAUCCGGUAUUACACAGACUGGCAUUACACUGGGUAUAAAGAUCCUGUAUUACACAGACUGGCAUUACACUGGGUAUAGAGAUCCGGUAUUACACAGGCUGGCAUUACACUGAGUAUAGAGAUCCCAUAUUACACAGGCUGGCAUUACACUGACUGGUAUUACACUGGGUAUAGAGAUCCUGUAUUACACAGGCUGGCAUUACACUGGGUAUAGAGAUCCUGUAUUACACAGACUGGCAUUACACUGGGUAUAGAGAUCCUGUAUUACACAGGCUGGCAUUACACUGGGUAUAGAGAUCCUGUAUUACACAGGCUGGCAUUACACUGGGUAUAGAGAUCCUGUAUUACACAGGCUGGCAUUACACUGGGUAUUGAGAUCCUGUAUUACACAGACUGGCAUUACACUGGGUAUAGAGAUCCUGUAUUACACAGGCUGGCAUUACACUGGGUAUAGAGAUCCUGUAUUACACAGGCUGGCAUUACACUGGGUGUAGAGAUCCUGUAUUACACAGGCUGGCAUUACACUGGGUGUAGAGAUCCUGUAUUACACAGGCUGGCAUUACACUGGGUGUAGAGAUCCUGUAUUACACAGGCUGGCAUUACACUGGGUGUAGAGAUCCUGGUAUUACACAGACUGGCAUUACACUGGGUAUAGAGAUCCUGUAUUACACAGGCUGGCAUUACACUGGGUAUAGAGAUCCUGUAUUACACAGGCUGGCAUUACACUGGGUAUAGAGAUCCCGUAUUACACAGACUGGCAUUACACUGGGUAUAGAGAUCCCGUAUUACACAGACUGGCAUUACACUGGGUAUAGAGAUCCCGUAUUACACAGACUGGCAUUACACUGGGUAUAGAGAUCCCGUAUUACACAGACUGGCAUUACACUGGGUAUAGAGAUCCCGUAUUACACAGACUGGCAUUACACUGGGUAUAGAGAUCCCGUAUUACACAGGCUGGCAUUACACUGGGUAUAGAGAUCCGGUAUUACACAGGCUGGCAUUACACUGGGUAUAGAGAUCCCGUAUUACACAGGCUGGCAUUACACUGGGUAUAGAGGAUCCUGGUAUUACACAGACUGGCAUUACACUGGGUAUAAGUCCUGUAUUACACAGACUGCAUUACACUGGGUAUGAGAUCCUGGCAUUACACAGACUGGCAUUACACUGGGUAUAGAGAUCCUGUAUUACACAGACUGGCAUUACACUGGGUAUAGAGAUCCUGUAUUACACAGGCUGGCAUUACACAGACUGGCAUUACACUGGGUAUAGAGAUCCUGUAUUACACAGACUGGCAUUACACUGGGUAUAGAGAUCCUGGUAUUACACAGGCUGGCAUUACACUGGGUAUAGAGAUCCUGUAUUACACAGGCUGGCAUUACACUGGGUAUAGAGAUCCUGGUAUUACACAGACUAGCAUUACACUGGGUAUAGAGAUCCUGGUAUUGCACAGACUGGCAUUACACUGGGUAUAGAGAUCCCGUAUUACAUAGACUGGCAUUACACUGGGUAUAAAAGAUCCUGUCUUACACAGACUGGCAUUACACUGGGUAUAGAGAUCCGGUAUUGCACAGACUGGCAUUACACUGGGUAUAGAGAUCCCGUAUUACAUAGACUGGCAUUACACUGGGUAUAAAAGAUCCUGUCUUACACAGACUGGCAUUACACUGGGUAUAGAGAUCCGGUAUUACACAGACUGGCAUUACACUGGGUAUAGAGAUCCCAUAUUACGCAGCCUGGCAUUACACUGACUGGUAUUACACUGGGUAUAGAGAACCUGUAUUACAUAGACUGGCAUUACACUGGGUAUAGAGAUCCUGUAUUACACAGGCUGACAUUACACUGGUUAUAGAGAUCCCGGUAUUACACAGACUGGCAUUACACUGGGUAUAGAGAUCCUGGUAUUACACAGACUGGCAUUACACUGGGUAUAGAGAUCCUGGUAUUACACAGACUGGCAUUACACUGGGUAUAGAGAUCCCGGUAUGACACAGACUGGCAUUACACUGGGUAUAAAGAUCCUGUAUUACACAGACUGGCAUUACACUGGGUAUAAAGAUCCUGUAUUACACAGACUGGCAUUACACUGGGUAUAGAGAUCUGGUAUUACACAGGCUGGCAUUACACUGAGUAUAGAGAUCCCAUAUUACACAGGCUGGCAUUACACUGACUGGUAUUACACUGGGUAUAGAGAUCCUGUAUUACACAGGCUGGCAUUACACUGGGUAUAGAGAACCUGUAUUACACAGACUGGCAUUACACUGGGUAUAGAGAUCCUGUAUUACACAGGCUGGCAUUACACUGGGUAUAGAGAUCCUGUAUUACACAGGCUGGCAUUACACUGGGUAUAGAGAGCCUGUAUUACGCAGACUAGCAUUACACAGACUGGCAUUACUCUGGCUAUAUAGAGAACAUGUAUUACACAGACUGGCAUUACACUGGGUAUAGAGAUCCUGGUAUUACAGAGACUGGCAUUACACUGGGUAUAGAGAGCCCGGUAUUACACCGACUGGCAUUACACUGGGUAUAGAGAUCCUGGGCAUUAUAUUUACAUAAUCUGGUAUUACAUUGUAUACAGGUUCUCUCCCAGGGGCAUUACACUUAAUGUAGGGAUCAUAGGCUGGAAUUACACUGAAUAUUCAAGUCCUGGCAUUACAUAGAUUGAAAAGACAUGUACCAGUAAAUACACCUCCCCAGUGUGGUCACAGAGAAAAAUGGGUAAUAUUACCAGUACAAAGCUUGAUGGUAAUGCAACAGAGCGUAGAGUUCAAUUAGAAAUAUACACUAAAACAAGAAAAAGAUUUUUUUAAAAAUGCAUUUACGCAUUACGCUUGGUAUAGGGGAUUCAGUGCAUUUUAUAGACUGAGAGUGUUAUACUAGAUGUAGGGAUCACUUGGACUGCAUAGGCUGAGUUUAUGUGAGGCAUAGUGAUCUUCUGCAUUGCUUAGACUGGUACUGUAUUAUGCUGGGUAUUGACCUCCCAGGCAUUGUAUGGCAUUACACCUGGAGUGACGAUCCCAGGGGUUUUAUAAUGGCGAUUACCAGGGUUACUCUGGGUGUAGGGCUUAACGUAGGCUAUUAUGGUGUCUUGGAGUCUGUACUUUGGGCUGCAUGGAACAUCAUGUAUUUGACAUAGAUGGCAUAUGGAGCCAUUAGUACAGAGAUAAGUGCAUUACAUACUGUAGGACGAUGUUGGUGUCGUAGUCUGCCAAGGGAAGGUUGGCAUACCUUCAAUGAAUAGCAGGUACCUGGUACAGUAUAGGACAGUGAUGGUUAACACUGGCACCCCAAACAUUGCUUGAUAAAAUUUCCUUUGAGCUCAGCCAAAGUGAACGCUUGUUGGGCAUCAUGGGAAAUGUAAUGUAGAAUGUUUGAACCUAGAUGUCAACAGUCUGUUUUGGGGAUCGUACAGCAUCCUGCCUCUGUGUCUUUAUUGGAAAAGUGCAAUCACGGUUUCUCUUCCCCAGGGCCGAAUGGAGUAUCUGGUGAAAUGGAAAGGUUGGUCCCAGAAGUAAGUAUAGUUGUUUUUUGCUUCUGACAUUGGAUGUUUGUAUCCUCAGAAAUAACAUUCAUUUUGUCCGUGUGGUUUUAGGUAUAGUACCUGGGAGCCUGAGGAAAACAUCCUGGAUGCCCGACUGGUGGCAGCCUUCGAGGACAGGUACAGACGCUGUUAGUACAUUAGGUUUCUGUGUCACCAGUAGUGUUUAUACCAUGAUGGUUAUUUGUCUUUCACCCUAGGGAGCGAGAAAGGGAGCUGUAUGGGCCGAAAAAAAGGGGUCCUAAACCCCAAACCUUUCUUCUAAAGGUAAGGGAACAGUUGUGGGUUGAUUGGCUACUAGAACCAGCAUGUACGUAGUCAGGAUUCUCUCGUAGGAAGAUACAAUGAAAGGGAAUUUUCUUUAAACCUGCUCUCGUGAACUACCAAUAGGCCACCAUUUGAGGUUCUAGCUAUUGGCGCUCCAGUGAAAAUAACUGUCAAUUUCCGCCCCGUUGAGGGGUACUCAGGAAGGUGUUUUAAGAACAUUGGGCCAAACUGUCCUGAUAAAAAAUAAAGUUUUUAGCUUGAGGAUAUGGGGGGGUCUCUAUUUUACAAGGACCAGGUAGCAAUAGCCACUGGCUUUCUCGCUGUUUAGCAGACAUGUCCCAUUCACAGCAUAUCGAGCAGGAGCAUGGGGGAAGUUAAAAACCUAUUUAUAAUUCCCCAUGUCAGUAGAGGUGUAUGGAGAAAUGCAGGCUAAGCUGUAGCUUAUCUCUGUAGUAGCUUGCCGCCGAGCCCCUUCACAGCUCAGUCGAGUUAUUCACUAAAAUCUGAAUUGUAACAUUAAAUCUGGAUUGCAAAACUGAAGUAUCAAAUCCAGUAUUUUAACCUAAAUGUUGCCAUUCAAUUUUCAUUUUUUGCAAUUUGGAGUUUGGGUAAUAACUCUGCAGGUGUCCAGCUGGACAUAUUGAACUGAGCCGAUACCAAUACUCCGUUCACAGUGAAUCUACCGUACUUUAUUUUCUUUUGAAAUGGCAAUCUUAACCUCACAGUUUAGUGAAUGGGGCUUAGGAUAAUCACCGUUAGCCUGUGUUCUGGGUUGGUUUGAGAAAACCUUAACAAAUUUGACAACUUUAGUUACAUACACCUCACUUGAAACCCACCAUUUUGAUAGAAUGAGACCUCUCUCUGAUCAAAAUCUAAAAACAUUCCUUUUUCCUUGUUACCUGUGAUUUGGUUCCAUUGUAUGCAGUAGUAUUGCUAUUGAAGUGUACGUGAUUCAUCUAAUAGAUACUUAAAACAUUCGCCACUCUAUCUCCUCAGGCACAAGCCAAAGCCAAUGCAAAGACAUAUGAGUUCCGGAGUGAGUCUGCACGGGGUGUACGAAUCCCAUAUCCUGGACGCCCACCUAGAGAGCUGCCAACUAGGUCCAGAGAAGGGCUGAGGAACAUCCCUACGUCAUCCCAGGAAAGCAGUGGUACCAGAGAUCUUUUCCAAGAGAGGGUAGCCAGAGCAGAAAUGCCAGGGGAACAUUAUCCCUUGAAAAUAAAAAAGAGGAAACGACUUCAUCACGGAAAAGGUCUUCAUAACGCAGAUCCUCAACCUAUGAGGACAUCUACUUCCACUUCCACUGCGCAGGACGAGCAGAUGGCCGGAUCUGCUAGGGCAGAGGAUACAGGGCCAGUAAAGUACCACUCUGGCCACAGUGUUAUCCAGCUGGCCAGGCGACAGAACAUAGAUUUAGGGUCUUCUAGUCAGGCAGGACCUGGCUUCCUGUAUAGAGACCGUGUACUGACCCACGCUGGGCUGGAUGCACCAGAACAACGUAGCAUUGACAGCCAUCCACACAGGACAAAGCACAGAACUGAUUUAAUGGCCUCCAAAGGCCAAGACACAGGUGUCAACAGAAUGAGACACAGCUCAGACUACCAGGGACAAAUGCCUGAUUUCUAUCGGGGCGCUCUAGGGACCCAUGGGGGGAAGCCUUCCCUUAUUGCUCGUAUACCCGUUGCUAGGAUUCUGGGAGAACCAGAGGAGGAGCCAUGGAGACCUCGAGUGGACAACUUUGAGAAAGUGGUGGUAACAGAUGUGACUUCAAACUUUCUGACGGUGACUAUAAAGGAAAGCAAUACAGACCAAGGCUUUUUUAAAGAGAAAAGAUGAGAUCUAUAGAAAUCUAUCUAUUCAUAUAUAUAUAUCUAUAAAUGCAUAUAUGUAAAAUAUUCUACACACAUUCAUACAUAAACAGGCUGGAACAAUCACUACAGAUUUAUACAUGUAUACAUUUGAUUUUGUUUUUUAUUUUCCCCCACCCCCCUUUAUUUUUCCUUUUCUGUAAGUCUCACACCUUUUGGAAAUGACCAGCCCUGUAUAUCCUAACGCUAUGUAACAUAUCCAGAGAGUGCGACAUCAGCACACCGCCCCACGGACUCUCCCCGUCCUGCACAAUCAGGUUUUGUGGGCAAACCCCAGUCUGGAGUUUCUAAAGGUAGAAGAAAACAUAACCUCUGACUCCUACUCCGGGUCGCACACAUCUGAUACCACGCACUUUCACACUUUUAUUGCAAGGCUUUGUCAAACAUUCCUCUACAAAUUCCCCAAUUACAAGCACUUUUUAUAUUAUUUUUUACACACAAUUUGCGGCCUGUAUAUGGAUCUUGCGCUCACAGACUUUACGCAGCCCUUCUCCCCACCACAGCUCCGGUCUUUAACAAAAAAAAUUAUACAGUAUAUGCCCUCUGUUUGUUUUGCUACUUUGUUGAAUUAACUGAAAUGUUUUGUAUUAGCUGUAAAUAUGUUAUUUAAAUAAUAUAAUUCUGCAGAAGUAUAAAUUUAUCUUUUUUUUUAAACUCUUGGACUGUAAUCUGUUUGGAUGUAUAUAUGUAUGCUGUUUGCUCAUGAACAAGAGAAACAUUUCUCAAAGUAUAUAUGUAUGCAUUAACGGCUCACCUGAGCGUUUCUGUAUUGGCCGUGAAAUGCACUGGCGUUUGUCUUACCAGUAGAGCAUAAAAUUGUCUGUAUGUCAGGUUAACCGGUUUUUACUUUUUGUUUGUUUUUUCUGGACAAAUACAAUACAGUUCUAUGUGCCCAAAUAGACCUUUUGAAUUUAGAACGGCUUCUACACAUCUGUUCUUUGAUCAAUAGAACAUUGAUUUAUUUUAUACUUAUUUAAUCAUGGGUUCACAGAUUUUGAAAAGACAAAAAAUAUACAAAUAAAAAAGAGCUGUAGGGAUCAUUCACUAAGGUAGUAUUGCUGGGAAUACAAAGUUUAUUUUAAAAUUUAUGGACAAAAAAGCUAAACUAAAAAUCAUUAACUCUGAGAAUUUUUCUAAUUUGGCCUAAAUUCUAAAAUUUACUUUGAAUUCCUAGCAGUUCUCAUUUUUAGAAAAUAACCCUGAUUGUGGGGAUAUUUGUAAUUUUUUUAAAUUUAUUUUUAUUGCCUUGGGGGACAUGAAGACAAUAUUGUGCACAUGAACAGGGUAAUCAGACUACUGCUUUAUUACAAAAACUUUAGCCCCCUUCACCUCCGAGAUCUAUUUGUUGGCAAGCGUGAACAGCAAUUCGCCCCUCUAGUCGGCCCAAUUUUCUAAAUACUUUCAUUAGUCCCUGGCCUUAUCUUACAAACUUAUACAACUUACAUUUUUCAUUUAUUCACUUCAUACAUGUAAGUUAUCUCUCAUAUCGUAACAUUUCCAAAAGUGUAUCAAUGUAGUAGCAAAAAUAUAAUUUUUGUGACACACAGAAAAAAUCAUUAAAAACUGGUCUCUGAAAGAAACCUGGUAACAUUUUUAUCAAAAUGAAUUCCUAAAAAUAUCUGUUUAUAUAAUGCCCACAUGCAUAAAGUCCAAGUACACCACCUGUCUGUGCUAUUGCUGUGGAUUGCUGGCCAGUAGACUGUAUAGAAUGUAUGGUCUCCCAAAAACAUUUCUCUGUCUCUCCUAUAAAUGCCGUGAUUAAUAAAACAU